AUGCGUUUGUUAGAUACAGAUGCUAAACUUGCAAAUACAGAUACUAAACUUGCAGAUACAGAUGCUAAACUUGCAGAUACAGAUGCUAAACUUGCAGAUACAGAUACGAAACUUCCAUAUACAGGUGCUAAACUUGCAGAUUCAGAUGCUAAACUUGCAGAUACAGAUACUAAACAUGCAGAUACAGAUGCUAAACAUGCAGAUACAGAUGCUAAACUUGCAGAUACAGAUACUAAACAUGCCGAUACAGAUGCUAAAAAUGCAGAUACAGAUGCUAAACUUGCAGAUACAGAUACUAAACAUGCAGAUACAGAUGCUAAACAUGCAUAUACAGAUGCUAAACAUGCAUAUACAGGUGCUAAACUUUCAUAUGCAUAUGCUAAACUUGCAGAUACAGAUACUAAGCUUGCAGUUACAGAUGCUAAACUUGCAGAUACAGAUACUAAACUUGCAGCUACAGAUGCUAAACUUGCAGAUACAUAUAAUACACUUGCAGCUACAGAUACUAAACUUGCAGAUACAGAUACUAAACAUGCAUAUACAGAUGCUAAACAUGCAUAUACAGGUGGUAAACUUGCAGAUACAGAUACUAAGCUUGCAGUUACAGAUGCUAAACUUGCAGAUACAGAUGCUAAACUUGCAGAUACAGAUACUAAACUUGCAGCUACAGAUGCUAAACUUGCAGAUACAUAUAAUACACUUGCAGCUACAGAUACUAAACUUGCAGAUACAGAUACUAAACAUGCAUAUACAGAUGCUAAACAUGCAUAUACAGGUGGUAAACUUGCAGAUACAGAUACUAAGCUUGCAGUUACAGAUGCUAAACUUGCAGAUACAGAUACUAAACUUCUACAGAUACUAAACUUGCAGAUACAGAUGCUAAACUUGCAGAUAGAGAUGCUAAACUUGCAGAUAGAUACUAAACAUGCAGAUACAGAUGCUAAACUUGCAGAUACAUAUAAUAAACUUGCAGCUACAGAUACUAAACUUGCAGAUAGAGAUGCUAAACUUGCAGAUAGAGAUGCUAAACUUGCAGCUACAGAUACUAAACUUGCAGAUACAGAUACUAAACUUGCAAAUACAGAUGCUAAACUUGCAGAUACAUAUAAUAAACUUGCAGCUACAGAUACUAAACUUGCAGAUAGAGAUACUAAACUUGCAGAUAGAGAUGCUAAACUUGCAGCUACAGAUACUAAACUUGCAGCUACAGAUACUAAACUUGCAGAUACAUAUAAUAAACUUGCAGCUACAGAUACUAAACUUGCAGAUAGAGAUGCUAAACUUGCAGAUAGAGAUGCUAAACUUGCAGCUACAGAUACUAAACUUGCAGCUACAGAUACUAAACUUGCAGAUAGAGAUGCUAAACUUGCAGAUACAGAUGCUAAACCUGCAGCUACAGAUACUAAACUUGCAGAUACAGAUACUAAGCUUGCAGAUACAGAUGCUAAACUUGCAAAUACAGAUGCUAAACUUGCAGAUACAGAUGCUAAACUUGCAAAUACAGAUGCUAAACUUGCAAAUACAGAUGCUAAACUUGUAGAUACAGAUGAUAAAAAUGUAGAUACAGAUGCUAAACUUGCAGAUACAGAUACUAAACAUGCAGAUACAGAUGCUAAACAUGCAAAUACAGAUGCUAAACAUGCAGAUACAGAUACUAAACUUGCAGAUACAGAUACUAAACUUGCAGAUACAGAUGCUAAACAUGCAGACACAGAUGCUAAACUUGCAGAUACAGAUACUAAACUUGCAGAUACAGAUGCUAAACAUGCAGAUACAGAUGCUAAACAUGCAGAUACAGAUGCUAAACAUGCAGAUACAGAUGCUAAACUUGCAAAUACAGAUGCUAAACUUGCAGAUACAGAUACUAAACUUGCAGAUACAGAUGCUAAACUUGCAAAUACAGAUGCUAAACUUGCAGAUACAGAUACUAAACAUGCAAAUACAGAUGCUAAACUUGCAGAUACAGAUGCUAAACAUGCAAAUACAGAUGCUAAAAAUGCAGAUGCAGAUACUAAACAUGCCGAUACAGAUGCUAAAAAUGCAGAUACAGAUGGUAAACUUGCAUAUACAGAUGCUAAACCUGCAGAUACAGAUGCUAAACCUGCAGAUACAGAUGCUAAACUUGCAGAUACAGAUGCUAAACUUGCAAAUACAGAUACUAAACUUGCAGAUACAGAUGCUAAACAUGCAAAUACAGAUACUAAACUUGCAGAUACAGAUGCUAAACAUGCAGAUUCAGAUGCUAAACAUGCAGAUACAAAUGCUAAACUUGCAGACACAGAUGCUAAACUUGCAGAUACAGAUGCUAAACAUGCAGAUACAAAUGCUAAACUUGGAGAUACAGAUGCUAAACUUGCAGAUACAGAUGCUAAACAUGCAGAUACAAAUGCUAAACUUGGAGAUACAAAUGCUAAACUUGCAGAUACAGAUACUAAACAUGCAGAUACAUAUGCUAAACUUGCAGAUACAGAUGCUAAACAUGCAAAUAGAGAUGCUAAACUUGCAGAUACAAAUGCUAAACAUGCAAAUACAGAUGCUAAACAUGCAUAUACAGAUGCUAAACUUGCAGAUACAGAUACUAAACUUGCAGCUACAGAUGCUAAACUUGCAGAUACAUAUAAUACACUUGCAGCUACAGAUACUAAACUUGCAGAUACAGAUACUAAACAUGCAUAUACAGAUGCUAAACAUGCAUAUACAGGUGGUAAACUUGUAGAUACAGAUGCUAAACUUGCAGAUACAGAUGCUAAACUUGCAGAUACAGAUACUAAACAUGCAGAUACAGAUGCUAAACAUGCAGAUACAGAUGCUAAACAUGCAGAUACAGAUGCCAAACUUGCAGAUACAGAUUCUAAACUUGCAUAUACAGAUGCUAAACUUGCAGAUACAGAUGCUAAACUUGCAGACACAGAUGCUAAACUUGCAUAUACAGAUGCUAAACAUGCAGAUACAGAUGCUAAACUUGCAGAUACAAAUGCUAAACUUGCAGAUACAAAUGCUAAACUUGCAGAUACAGAUGCUAAAUUUUCAGAUACAAAUGCUAAACUUGCAGAUACAGAUGCUAAACUUGUAGAUACAGGUGCUAAACUUGCAGAUACAGAUGCUAAACUUGCAGAUACAAAUGCUAAACUUGCAGAUACAGAUGCUAAACUUGCAUAUACAAAUGCUAAACUUGCAGAUAGAGAUGCUAAACUUGCAGAUACAGAUGCUAAACUUGCAGAUACAGAUGCUAAACUUGCAGAUACAGAUGCUAAACUUGCAUAUACAAAUGCUAAACUUGCAGAUAGAGAUGCUAAACUUGCAGAUACAGAUGCUAAACUUGCAGAUACAGAUGCUAAACUUGCAGAUACAGAUGCUAAACUUGCAGAUACAGAUGCUAAACAUGCAGAUACAGAUGCUAAACUUGCAGAUACAGAUACUAAACUUGCAAAUACAGAUGCUAAACUUGCAGAUACAAAUGCUAAACUUGCAGAUACAGAUGCUAAACUUGCAGAUACAGAUGCUAAACUUGCAGAUACAGAUGCUAAACUUGCAGAUACAGAUACUAAACUUGCAAAUACAGAUGCUAAACUUGCAGAUACAAAUGCUAAACUUGCAGAUACAGAUGCUAAACUUGCAGAUACAGAUGCUGAACUUGCAGAUACAGAUGCUAAACUUGCAGAUACAGAUGCUAAACUUGCAGAUACAGAUGCUAAACCUGCAGAUACAAAUUCUAAACUUGUAGAUACAGAUGCUAAACUUGCAGAUACAAAUGCUAAACUUGCAGAUACAGAUGCUAAACUUGCAGAUACUAAUACAGAUGCUAAACUUGCAGAUACAGAUGCUGAACUUGCAGAUACAGAUGCUAAACUUGCAGAUACAGAUGCUAAACUUGCAGAUACAGAUGCUAAACCUGCAGAUACAGAUUCUAAACUUGCAGAUACAGAUGCUAAAAUUGCAAAUACAGAUGCUAAAUAUGUUUUAAUGCUUAAACUUGUCCUUAGUAUUUUUAAAGCUAUAUUAAAGUCAUUGGGCCAGAUUACGAGUUGA